UUGUUUAAAAUGCUGCGAGCGACAGUCGCCUAAAAGCUUUCAACAAGUAAAGACUACUAUUUGUGCAGUGCGCUUAGAAAAAUAUUUAAAAAUCAAUUUGAAUAAUGUCUGGCCAAAAAGCUUGUUGUCAUGGUCCAGGUUAUGGUACCCCACUUGAUGCCAUGAAAAAUGGGCCACGUGAAAAAUUGCUUUAUACCGUUACUGUACAACCCAAUUUAGAUGAACCACAUGGAGAUUACUUAGCAACGGUAGAUGUUGAUCCGGAAAGUCCAACUUAUUGUCAGGUAAUCCACAGAGCAUUUACAAACCGCACCGGCGACGAAUUACAUCAUUCCGGCUGGAAUGCAUGCUCUAGCUGCUACUACAUUGAUGAUAAUGCUAAACAGAUACCAAAACGUGAUAAAUUGAUUUUGCCUUCAAUAAAUUCUGAUUUUAUUUACAUCUUGGAUGUUAUAACUGAUCCACGGAAGCCGACAAUAUGUAAGAUCAUAGAUGGUGAUGUUCUUAAAAAUCACGACGUCACUGCUCCUCAUACCACGCAUUGUCUAGCUGAUGGCAAUAUUAUGAUAUCUACACUUGGCGAUGCUAAGGGCAAUGCCAAGGGUGAUUUUAUUCUAUUUGACACGAAAAAUUUUGAUUGUGUUGGCACUUGGACGAAAGGAGAACGUAAAGCCUUAUGUGGCUAUGAUUUUUGGUAUCAACCGUAUUUCGAUGUGAUGGUAUCAACAGAAUGGGGUGCUCCAAGAAUGUUUCGUCGUGGUUUCCGCGAAGAAGAUCUGGAUGAUAUGACUCAGUAUGGUUGUCGAUUGAAUUUUUAUAAAUGGUCAACUCAUACUUUAUAUCAGACAAUCGAUUUGGGUACUGAGGGCACAGCACCACUUGAAGUCCGUUUUAUGCACGAUCCAAAGCGUCCUGAAGGAUAUGUUGGUGCUUGCAUGUACUCGAAUAUUUAUUAUUUCAAGAAGAAAUCCGAUUCGGAUGACUUUGAAGCUAAAAAGGUUAUCGAUAUACCUGCAAAACUCAUUUCGGUAAAUGGUGAAAACCCGAAAGCUUUGAAUGGCAUGAUUUCUGAUAUUUUACUUUCUUUGGACGAUAAAUAUCUCUACGUAAAUAAUUGGCUUCAUGGCGAUGUGCGCCAAUAUGAUAUAACCCAUCCGGAGAAUCCACGACUGACUGGACAAGUGUUUUUGGGUGGUGCCAUUUGCAGCGAUUUGAAGAAUGUUGAGGUAUUGGAAGACAAGGAACUUAAGGCACGUCCCGAGCCACGUUACGUGAAAGGUCGCAGACUAGAAGCUGGACCGCAAAUGAUGCAACUUUCUUUAGACGGUAAAAGAUUGUAUAUUUCAUCAUCGUUAUAUUCGCCAUGGGACAAGCAGUUCUACCCGAAAAUGAUUGAAAAGGGCGGACACAUUGUUCAAAUUGAUGUGGAUGUUGUUAAUGGUGGCAUGCGUUUAAAUGAAGAUUUUCUUGUUGAUUUCGGCAAAGAGCCAUAUGGACCAACCAUUCCGCAUGAAAUGCGUUAUCCUGGUGGCGAUUGCACUUCGGACAUUUGGUUGGCUAAUGAUGGAAAAUGAGAUUUCACUACUAAAUCUAUAUAAGUCAUUUAAAUUUCCUCAAAUCGCUGAAAAAAAGUUAAGGAAAUCAACGGAUAAUAAGCUCAUCUACUGUAGGAAGACGGACUUCUGCACAUAUACGAAUGUAUGUUUGUUUGUAAUGUUUAACGUUCCAACAGUAUGAUGAUGAUAUGCCUUAUUGAAUUGAGUUUAACGUUGGCUUUUCAUACGAAAUGAGUUGUCAGCUAAGUAUGUACAUAUGUAUGUUAUUUGAAGCAUUAAUUAAUAAAAACAAAGCAUAAUUGUCA